AAGUUAUGUCUUAUUUCAAAAUGAACAGAGCCCAAGCCCAUGUCGAUGCAUAAAUACAUUAGGGUUUUUACGCUUCGUUAGCGGCAUUUCACUCCUCUCUGCUCAUCGCCCAAACCCUACAUUCCAACUCAAGGAAGAAGAAAUUCGAGAUGGCGAGGAUUAAGGUUCACGAGCUGAGGCAGAAGAACAAGGUGGAGCUGCUGGCGCAGCUGAAGGAUCUGAAGGCGGAGCUGGCGCUGCUGCGGGUGGCGAAGGUGACCGGCGGCGCUCCGAACAAGCUGUCGAAGAUCAAGGUGGUUCGGCUCUCGAUUGCGCAGGUGCUGACCGUGAUUUCUCAGAAGCAGAAGUCGGCGCUGCGAGAAGCGUACAAGAACAAGAAGUACUUGCCUCUCGACCUCCGCCCUAAGAAGACUCGCGCCAUCCGACGCCGCCUCACCAAGCACCAGGCAUCUUUGAAGACAGAGAAGCAGAAGAAGAAAGAGAUGUAUUUCCCUCUAAGAAAGUAUGCUAUCAAAGUUUAAGUUAACUACUUUUGAUUGAAGCAAUUUUGUGUCUGAUGCCCGAUCUUACGGAUGACAAUAUUUUGUUUCAAUGAACUCUUAGAUUUGCAAUUAGUUCAAUGGUGUUGUUGAGACAUGAAA